AUGUCUAGAGCAAAUGUACAAACUAGUGACAAUCCCCGCAAAGAAAAAGCUUCUAUAUGUAAUAUACCACUAACAUCUACAUUUGGUAUCCGAUGGAAGGUCUCCUAUGGUCAUCAGCAGCAACAUCAGAAAAAGCAACUUCCUGUAAUGCCUGGUGGAUGUAUUGCACAAGCGGCUGGAGGGAGUGGAACAAUAGCCGCGGCUGUUGUUGCAGUAAUAGGAAGACCGUUACCAACAAUAAGCGAAGCAACAACAACUACCACAACAACAGCGUUCACAAAUGUAUCUUCAGCUAAUACAAGUCCAGAGAAAUGCAGCUAUGGCAAUGGUCUUGAUGAUCGAAUUGAAAUCGAUCCACCCACAUCUGACAAUGUAUCUGUAGCAUAUCCUUCUAAUAUAAGUUGUCCACCACAUCCUAUACCAGCAUCUUGGAAGAAAUCAACAUGUGGCUCUGAAAGCACAAAUAUAGAUCAAAAUAAGUUUAAACCUUCAAUAUUAAAGAAAAAGCCAGCAACAUCAAAUGAUACAAGUUCGAAGCGUGAGAGAAAAGCAGCUAAGACUUUGGCUAUUAUAACUGGAGCAUUUGUUGUUUGUUGGAUGCCAUUUUUUGUUAUUGCUGUAUUGUUACCUAUAUGUGCCGAAGAAUGUCAAAUAUCACCCGUUAUCAUAAGCUUAUUCUUAUGGCUAGGAUAUUUCAAUUCAACCUUGAACCCAAUUCUAUAUACAAUUUUCAAUCAGGACUUCCGCAAUGCUUUUACUAGAAUAUUAUGUGGUCGCCGCAACAGUGUUCGGCGUAGAAAUCGACGUAUGGGAUUACGUGAAGCUCGCUGA